GUAUUGAAUCAACAAGAUGGCGGUCCACCAAUUCAAUGUUUACGAUGAACAUUUGUGUUAGGCCUAACCACAUAGAGUCUAGCUUUACAGAAUGGUUAAUAUGCUAGACUAAAGUGUGUUAGUAACUGCAUCAAAGCCUUUAAAAUGGAGCCAAAUCACUGGAACUACAACUUACAGUAUGGGCAUUCAACUUCUGGUGGCCUUCCAGCAACACACACUUCUCUCAACAGACUUGACCUUACUUCUGGACUUGGUUUGACUCACAGCCUACAAGCCUCUCAUGGCUCUCUUAGUGGCAGGUCUAUGGCAAGUGUUAAUUAUGGCUUGGGAGUUCCAGUUCUAGAAACUAUGUCAUCCAUUAAUUCUGGGAUUUCCAGCCAGCAGAGCCAUAAAGGUAUGUCACUAGGUCAAGGUCAACUAGUGUUUGAGCCUCAACUCCGUGUCCAAGCCGAGCAGCAGUCACCAACUUACAGGGGCUACGACAGUUCCAAAGCUCUGAGAGCAGACAGUCUGGCAAGGGAAUCAGCGGCCAGGAAUCAACUCUUGGAGGCAGCAGCUGCAGCCAGGAUGUGGGGCCCAUCCUCAUCCUUGUACAACCAGUUUGGCUCCAUUUUGUCUGAGGUCUCUGGCCCAACCGUUACCACCUUGUCAUCACCAGUUUCUGGAACUGGAAGUAUUAUCUCCCCCAAGUCCAAUCAAAUUCAGAUGCACGAUCCGCCACCUGCUCACAGCUCUAACACCAGGCACAUACAAAGAAAUCUCCACUCCACUGAGCUCUUAUAUGGCAGGAGCACAGAGUCCUUGAUCCCAUCAGGCCUGACUCAGAUCUCUGUUUACAGCUCCAGUGGUCUCAGUAAACAAACUUUAGUCAACAGUCAACAGCAGGUCUUACACAGACAUGCUUCCUUGCACAACCAACAGUCCUAUGCAUCUCAUAAUGAUAUUGAAGACUUAUCCUCCAACUCUCAAAACCAACCCUAUGGUUCAUAUGCAAAUCUUUCAGUCAAUGACUCUCAAGACUUUUCCCCCACACAAUUGUCAGGGGACAUCAAUUACGAAGCUGUGAGCCCUGCCUCUUCUAUGAAUGAAAGUUCCCAGGCAAAUCAAGAGCAUUCUUCAUUUUCUAUUGUACAGUUUCCUGACUUGGCCAAUCUGACCUCUGAGCACGCCCACACCCUGGCUGAUAAAUUCCAGGAAAAUGAUUUCCGUUUGAAAAUUGACACUCGAGCUCAACAACAGCAUGAGAUUUUAUCAUCCCACCUGGGACAGCGCCAAGAUCUAAGCAGUGCUUUAAAAAUUCCUAAAGACAUGCCCAACCUGCAGAUGUUAUCAAUGCCAGGGAAUCAGCGUGGCAGCCAGUUCCAGCAGCUGUGGAUGGGUAACUGCAUGAGCAUGCCCCAGAGCCAGAUCUCCAUCAGCUCCCCUGACAGCCUCAUCCAGGUCUCACAGCACAACUCUCUGACCACAUCCUCCAUGCAGCAGCCCCCUGCCCCUAUCCCCAUCCAGGCUCUGGCAGACUCUACAACCAAACCGAAGCGCCCCAGGAGCAGGAAAAAGAAAGAGCCAAAUCAGCCCCAAAGCCCAGGCAGUGAGAUAAAAAAAUCCCCCGUGUCUAUGUCCCACAACAUUCUCAACCUCCCCCCUAGCUCUCCUCAUGUUUCCACCCUCCCCAUGGCAUCUCAUGUCAGCCAGACUAAUCAGAUGCAGGGGUACCGGAACUCUAAUAACAAUCAGUUUCUCUCGAGGGAUAUCCAGAGAGCUCAAACCCCUUCCAUGCCUCAAAACUAUUCCAUCCAGGAUCACCAGAGCCAUGGCUACCCUCUUGAAGCAAGUCCCAAGUUAACUGUAGGGCAGAACCAGAAUCUAAUAAGAAAUCAAAAUGAAUUUAUUCUGCCCAAUCGUCUUGUCAGUGAAAAGACUUCGAAUUCUUACAAGCAAGCUCAGAGAAAAUCUGUUGACGUCAGUUCAAAAAGCAAUAACUUAUCAAAUCAGGUAUACAGAUCCAACAUUCCAGAUAACCAACAGCAUUUGCAGACUUACGCUAGCCACACUAUGAUGGCUAGCAGUGGGCAGCACAGAGUGUCGCCCAUGCAGGACAAUCGCACGGGUAUUGGAAGGAUGCAGGGUUAUUCAGAGCUCUCCUCACAACAAAAGAUGGCUAGUCAAAUGUCCCCUCUAGAACAGCUGUCUCCACAGAGUGCCGACAGUAGUGGUUAUAGCAAUAAAAUGAAUAGUUCCGGACACAUUCUGACCUCUGGAAUCAUUAGCUCUCAGUCCAUACCUAUGUCUCAUUCCCCCAUGGACUCUAGACCUGUGAGUGUUGAGCCUUCAGCAAUGCAUGCAUACGAGCAGGCUCACUCUGCUGGGUUGAUAGAUGCCCAGGACUCUGCUCAGUUCCAGUUGGAUUUCUCAGGGCAGCCUUUCCUGGAACAGUUGGUUAGUGUCCAUGCUCCACUCACUGUCCAUUCAGGCAGUUAUGGUCAGAGUGCUGAGAAUGGAGAAGUUGUCUUCACAACUUUGGUCUCACCUGCAGACAGCGCAAGGCUUCAUCAGCAUCACGACUCAGCCAGUAAUGAUGGCUUCAGGCCUACUUACCAUGGUGAGGCUGUUCAUGAAAUAAGGCCUAUAGGCUCCAUAGGAGGCCAUCUUGGAAUGGAGGAUGUUACCUUUAAUGCCUUUUUUGAUAACCAAAGAGAAUUAGACACAGACGAUACCAUGAGCAUUCACCAAGGCUCACACUCAACACCUGAGUCUGAUAAAAUGAGCCUGACAUUUGUGCCACGUGUUGUUGAAGAUGAUGAGUUAAGUCACUUCACUCAACCUGGUCUAGCCCAACCUGUCAUGGUUAAAAAGGAGAUCCAUGAACCUAAGCCCCAGCCUAAAGACUCCUUCCAGAACUCUUUCUUAAGCUACUUACAAGGUCAUAAGCAGGAGACCCUGUCCAGUGUUUCUUCCUCUGCUGUUACCAAAAAACCCCAGCUUCCUAAAUACAUCCCAGAACCACGACGUCCAAAGCCUGUCCAGCCCCCGAGAGAAAGCUUAAACUUAUCUGAUGCUGAAGACAGCACCAGCAAAUUCAAAGACUCUUCCAUGUUCAGUGACAAUGACUCCUCUCACAAAAGUGAGAGCGACAGAGAAGGUUAUUCCGUUCAGAGAACUAGUGAACUUGCAGUCAAAAUCACUUUGCCAAAGAAUAAGAAAAAAAAUAGGUUCGGGCCUUUCGCUGAAUCUUCAUUACUUAAAGAUAGCAUGCGCAAAAAUAAGGAGAGUGCAUCAAAACGUAAAAGGAAAAAAGGCAAGCACAGAGUGGGUUCAGAAGGUGAGGAUUUAUGGCCUGCCGAUGGAUCAGAUGAUGACAUGCCCUCAAGACCAGAAGUUGUUAGAGAAUCUACCCCACCUCCAGUCAGAACAUCCAUUGGCAGAAAAGCCAAAGAAAAAUGCAUAGAAAAGACUACAAAACACAGUAAACAUUCUGGAUCAGAGAGUAGUUCAGAUGAUGACUUGUUGCCUUUUAAAGGGAAAAAAGCCACUAAAAGUGAUGAUUCAGAUAAAAAUUAUGAUUCUGAUAAAGACCCUGUAUGGAUGCCAUUUGAUGUUGAUCUUAAACAAGGGCAUGAAUUUGAUGAAAAAAGAAAAAAGGCUAAACGGCGUGUUCGAACUUCAAGCACAAGAUCUAACAAAUCUGCACAUAGAGUGCAUCACUCCUCUGCUCCUAGUCACAACUCAGUUGCUGGCACUCCAACUGUUGUUAACCCCUGCAAGCCCCAGGGAGAAUCUUCACUUGGGAACUCUGAGUUUAAGGUUGGCAUGUUUGUGAUUGAAAAAAAAGACAAGCUCAGCUUUGAUAGCUACCCAAUCUGGCGAAUAGAACCUGAUAGGAUACGCAAGUUUGAGUACAGGAGCUUUGGGGACACAGUGCAACAUGUGGCUGUUGAAACAUACACCACAUGGAUGAAGUCUAUGGAGAGCCAAUUUGAACCUAUAAAAGUUCAUGAGGUUGAAGGGGUGAAAAAUUCUGAACUUUUAACUGUCAAGGUGCUGGAUGAGUGCAGACCCAAACCUCAGAGUGAUAGAAGACUGGAGACAGAGUAUGAAGAUGACCCACUGAUUGAAACCUUCAAUGUUUACCUCCAAGUGUUCCUGAGUCAAGCAUUGGAGCCUAACUUUCUUUCUGUCAUUCUCAACACUCAGGAAAAAUUUUAUAUUGAUGCCCUCAAUCUGAUUGAUGACAUGAUUGAAGCUAAAUGUAAAGAAAUAACAAGACUAGCACACUGGAAGUUAACUUUUUUGGAGUGCCUCCACAGAUGUCCUUUGAUGAAAGAAAUAGACCGUCCCAACCUUAAACAACCCUGUCAGGCCAGUGAAAACUCCAGUCCUCCAACUAUAAAGUCUGUGAUUCUCAGUGGAAACCCUUAUGACAGGUUCUUAUUAACAGAACAGCCACAACACAGAUCUGAAGCUGCUUCAGAGUUCAUGAUUGGCAAAGUUGCAGCCUACUAUGUCAGGACAUAUCAUUCUCUGUAUCAUUUUAAGUACUGGCUUAAUCAGCGUUGUGAUGCCAAGGUGAAGACAAUGAAAGAAAGCAACAAGCUAGAGAAUAUAAGCAAUGAGUUUAUUUUAGACAAGUGCUUAGAGAACAGCUCCUGGGUCUUACAGUCAUUCGACAAUUUGAAAAAUUUGCUCAAGUAUGGUGGAGAGGCACCACGAUGAAUGGCGUGAUGCUUCCAGUGUUUCACAUCAAGUGAUUUACUAUAUGCAGAGUUGUUUUUUAUAGUAAUUUUAUAUCUAAAAAUUCUAGUCCAAAUUUUUUUAUUCAAUGAAAUGUUUUUUUUAACCAAUUUAGCUAUUAAAUUGGAAUGAAAUGGUUUCUCAUUUUAAAUGUAUGAUAUUUAUUAAAGAAGAAACAAUAGCAAGUGCUAAAGCAAAUGCUGUGAAACAAACUUCAAGAAUAAUCAGAAACACUACAUGUAGAUUGGCUUAGUACUGUUGAAGUCAAAGAUGCAUAGAGAACUUAAAGAAAAAUCAUGGCCAGUUUCUAACUAUUAAGGCUUUGGAAAGGGUUCUUAAACAUUAACAUAUUUUUAAAAUAUUUUCAUCUAGUUAAAUCAGUAGGCUAACCUGUUAAAAAUUUUUUUUUAAUUUUGAAGUUGUUACCAUUUUGUCAAUGUUAAUACCAAAAUUGAAGUAAACGAGAAAAGUGUUUUUAAUAUCAUUGAUUUGAUAUUGCCAUGACUGUACUUACAACAUGUAGAGAAAGCAAAGAAUACCUUGUGGGAUUACUCUUUGUUUCCUUGAACAGAUAUCGGGGGGGGGGGGGGUGUAGUAAAGAAAAAUGACAUGGAGGUCAGAUGGCUCCUCUGUGUUGACCCAUGAACCCCACCUCAUUUAGUUCAGCAGAUGAUCUAUUUUUUUUUGUUACUCUCAAAGUGGUAUUCCAUUGUUGCUUUAUGCUUGAGUUACUAAGAAAUGCUGAACUGAUUCCAGCACUCCAUGCCUUACCUAUAAAUAGUUGUACGUGCUCUAGUAAAGUUAGCUCCAUGUUUCUUGUGAAAACUCCAGCUGUUGGUUUUAAUAUCUCAGUAGUUAUUUGGAAGGGGUGGUAGCGCUUGAUAAUUCUAACAGUGGCUCUCACUGUUUACAUGCACCAGAUCUAUUGAUGUUAUGUUUUUAACAACUUGUGUCAUUGUUAUCCUGUAUUUUUCUCACUUUAUGUAUGCUUGUGUUUUCUAAAGCAGUGUAGUGGAACCAUAUCUGUACCAUUGCUUUUUAAAUGGCCAAAACCAAUUAAUUGGAAAAGUUAUUGUCUUAAUCAGUUGAUUUUUUUAAAAUUGUAAAUAUAACAAAUAGUUUAUUUCAAAAAAAGUUUUUUGUUAUUACCAUGCAAUGAAUUGUUCCUUCAUAAUAUUUCACUGUACCUCUCACAUUAGGCAUAUAACUGUUUUUAUAGUUAACCACCACUAAUAGGCAGGAACUCUUGUUAAAAAGCAAUUAAAAUACUGAUUCAUUUUUGCAUUAUUCAUUUAUUAUAAAAAAAAUUCGCAGCAUAAUGAUUUUAUAAUAAUGUUGAUUAUUAUCCAAGAGGAUGUAAAAUACAAGUUUUCAUCAUUCUUUCAUUGCAUUUUAUUGAUAAUCUAUACCAAGAUUUAAUGAAAUCUACAUGUGAACAUAUACAAAGUACAGACAUGAAAUAUGUAGUGCUGGAGACAGACCAUGAAACAAUUUGUAGUAAUAUGUUAGACAAAGUUGUUUUUUUUAUCUUGAAUGUAUAGACAUUCUUCACUGGCACUAUAUUAUUAAAACUUUGUACAUAAAACUGGGUAUUUAUCUUUCACACCUGUGUUAUUCUAUUAGCAACAAGCCUUUUGUAAAGGUAUUUAUUGUAUAGUAUCAUUUAAAUUGUAUAUAUAUUAAGUAAGAACAUAAUGCUUUCAAUUGAAUGUUGAGUAUUGAAACUUACAGAAUAUAUUGUUUACAUCUCAACCCCACCUCCUGACAGUGUUCUGCGUAGAUGACCCUGUUGUAAACUAAUGCCCAGUGGUAGUAUGUGUUAAUGAUAUAUAUAGUAUUGUGUUGUGUGUUCAAGGUUGGAUCCUUCUUCUAGUGUCAGUCUAAAAGGGAUGUAAUAGCCUAUUUAUUUUAUGUUACUCAGUUUUAUCACUGAGAUCACUACAAAAUGUUAUGGGUAUCCAAAAGAAGUUUAAGUUGGACAAAGUGAGAACUAAUUUAAAAGCAAACAGUAGACUUGUAUUUGUGGUUUCUAUAUUUUUAGGUGCUCUUGAUAUGCAGUAUUUGACAGAGAAUUAAGUUUUAAUGGUUUCUGCUCUGAUCAGUUGUGCCAAAUCAAUUUUUAAUUAAUCCUUUAUCAUUAAAAAAAAUUUCACAUAAUGAAUUAUUUAUGAAGAAAUUUUCUGAUUUUAAAAAUAGUCAUAUUAUUUUUCUUUUUUAUUAUCACAUAGGAUAGUGAACUGUUUGCAGUUUUUUUUAUCAUUCACAAAAAGCAAGAAGUGUGUAUGUAAAUAGUUAUGUGUUAUUUUUAUUUGACUGUAUUCCAGCGUACAUGUAAAAUGUAUCACACAUGAAUAAGAAGACCGAUGCCUUGAUGAAAACUCUCCUAAUAUAUAUAGUCAUAGGGUUACUGUGAUAUUGAACCAUUACAUUCUAGUUUCAACUAUCUUCUAUUAUUUUUUUAAAACUAAUUUGAGAGUUCUGGAAUGGCUAUCAUUUGCCUAGGUUUAUAAAUAAGUAAAAGUUUAAAAUUCUAUUUGUUCAUUUGGUGCGUGGUGGUUCUCUAAGUGCUUUUAUUUUUAGAAAUGAAUUUUUCUAUCGUCUUUUCAUCAUUUUAAAUUAUGCAGUAAAAGAAAAAUUUGCAUUUUACUCAUUUACAUUUCUCUUUUUAAUGCUUUUUAUAGCAUGGUUCAAUGUCCUCUUGUUUUUUUUUUAAAUUCCAGUGUUUAUUUUACUUCAAAUCUAAGAAAGAUUUUAUUUUAUUUAUGUGGUAAUAAAAGCAUGAUGUUGAUUGUAAUGCUUGUAGUUUUUGUUUUCAAUGUUUCGCAUACAACUUUGAAAAAUAGUAACAUUGCAUUUGUUGUAGAAGUAUUUCAAACAGAAAAUAAUUACUUUAAUUGCUACAAACUAUCCCAGAAUUGUAGAUGAUUAUAUAAUAAGUUCAUAAAAAGCACAUUACAAAAGGGCAUUUUGUUGAUUGUUUUUAAAAAAUGAGCUUGUUUUACGUUUUUAGAUAUUUUAAAAUAAAGAAUUCAUCCAAACUUUUUAUGUCAAAUUGUGCUCAAAGAAGAAAGGUUUCAUGUUGAAAUGUAAAAUGGUUUAUGUAGACCUUUCUAUUGCUUACUUCCUCAGGUGGCUGUUAUCACAGUUAUUUGGGCCAUACUGUGUUUCUAUGAUAACAUUUUAUAGCAAGAUGAUUCUGCUCAAAAAUGCUUCCUACAUGGGAUAGUUUAGACAGAAAAGUGCUAUACACCUCGGUUACAUGCUACUGCAAACAUGUCUAGUUCUAUAAACAGUUUCUCUUUGUUACAUUUUACAAAUUAUUUUCAAGAAGACAUUUGAAUAUAUAUGUACUUUCUCAGAUUUUUGUAUUGUUUUAUUUUUGGAGGUUUAUAUAAUUUAUAAAAAUUGUUCCUGCUUCUAAUUACAGUGCUGCACCUAAUUUGUUUCAUGUCUCAUGAUGAUCAUGUGACUCUUGCUUUUUAUUUUAUUUUGUUGAAAAGUUGUUCAAGUUUCCAGGGGAAUUUGUUUUUCUAAAUAAUUUGUUCAUUUUAUUUUUUAAAAAUUUUCAUCUUUUAAUUUUAAAAUAUUUUUUAUAAAUUAACUAUUUAGAUAGUUAGCAAUGAUUUUUUUAUUUUUUUUCAAAACAAAUAUUAUAGCUUACAACUUAAAUUAUCACCUUUCAAAUCUGCCUUAUAGAAAGUUUAAAGCAAGUAAUUCUUCAUUCCUCUGUUGUUUUUUCUGGCAUAUUUCCUACUUGCAAAUGUUAAAAAAAAAUUAACUAUAUUUAUUAA